AUGACAUAUUCAUUUCAACUUCUGAAUGGCUCUUUUCUUCCAGCUCUUGUAUCAGCACAAAAUAUCAAAAAGCAUAAAGGUGAUAAGAAAUCCCUUCCAGAGGACACUCAAUGGUGUCUCUCUAACUUGUGCAAUUUGACAACAAGAAAGUUCUAUGAUGCAUUUGGCCAUGAGUAUAAUUCAGUACAAAAAAUUUCAAGAAGAUAUAAGAAUAUUAUCAACAAUGAACUGAAAGGCGCCAAAAACAUUGUGAACAUUAGAAACGAGCAUAACAUAUGGAUGAAGUCAAAGAAGAAUAGUAACUAUUGGCUAGAGAAAAUAAGAGAAGAAACAGUCUUAAACACACAUAUUGAAGGCGCCCAAUACGUUCAGGAUGUUGUCAGGUCUGAAAUUGACCAAAUAAGAACCAUGGAUAAUAGUCAGAAUCAAGAAAAAGACGCUCAAACUGACAAAACUGAUGAAGAAGCUACUGAGUAUCAUGAAGAUGAGCAAAAUAAAAUUAAUAAAACUGAAGGAGUUGAAAGUGUCGAAGUAGAACCUUGGAUUAUGGAGAAUGGUAUCAAUGUUACAACCUUGUUCACUGAAUAUUAUAAACGUGUCGAACAGUUUGUUAAGACUGAAGGUUUAAUCCCAAUUGAAACUCAUGUUCAAGAGUUAUCAGCCUUAAACCACAUACUAGUUUUAAAACCAUUGCAACAUAGCAAAAUGAUAAGAGAAGUGUUCACUGACGAGAAUAUUAAAUAUAUCACAAAUGAACAACUAAAAACGUCAAUGAAAUCCUCGCUUGAUUUUACCAGUGAUGAAUUAACACAGUUAAACCUCGUAUUAAAACAUUUAACAAAUCAAACCCAAAGUGUACUUAAUAUCGCUACUAAUCUUAUGGUAUUUUCCAAUCCCUUGGAUUAUGAAAAACGCCGAGUCAUCAUAGGCAUUGCAAUGCUAGUCUUAAAACUCCCUAAAGAUCCAAUCGUAGAUAUCACUACUAUUUCUGAAUCAGAACUGUGGAGUAUUUAUUUCGACCCUUUUUUAUCUGCCAUUAUAUCUGAUAAUGAAAGAAACACACUCUUAAGAUGGUUAAAUAAGCAAGCUGAGGACGAUCUUUUAAGACCAGACGCAUCCGUUACAACGAUCGACCAGUUACAGUUUGGUUUCAACCUUGGAUUUGGUGAAGUGAAGAUUAGUCAGCCGACAUGCGAUAAAGCAGCACUUUGCAACGACUUUUUACGAUUAACCCAUCUAACCAAAGAAUGCCUUGAUAAUCAUCUUUUAGAUGCCUCAUUUAGUUUCCAAAUUCAUGGCUUUUCUGUUUCAUUUUAUAUGACUCAAUUACCAUGUCAUAAACUAUACACGAUGACUGAACUCGGUAAAGUAUCGUUUCCGAAAUCAUUAAAAGACAUAUCCGCUUUCUGCUGUCCGCAAAAUCUGCAAUUUCUACUUCAGGUUACAAAUGCUUUCUGGAGCCAUUGCAAACCUAGUCUAUCCCCAUCGAUCAUAAAAGAAAGGUCAUCAAGAUCAGUCAAUAUAAGUCUUCUUUAUGAGUUUGUGGAUCCCCACAAAAGCCGUAAAAGAACUUGUCAUGAUUUCUUUGGAUAGUUGACAUUAGUUUUUUUUUUUUUUUUUAAUUCCCUCUCAUACUCACAGACACACACGUCCCCGUACAUUUGCUUUUCAUUUUCUAUUUGCUAAAUAAAGAAAUGACUAUUUAUUAUACGUAUAAUUCUAGGUAGACGAAAAUGUGUUUCAGCAAGCUUAAAGCGUUUUUUUUUUUACUUAGAUAUUGGAUGACUUCCAAAAUACAAAAUAGAAUUAAAUAGAAUAGAAUUAACUUCGGAAAUUUGAUUUUCCGAGUU